UCAACGAGAAAUGUCAUAUAAACGCAAUGACGGUUCGUUUAGUGCAUUCGGAAAAAGUGAUUCUUCUGGGAGCAGCUGGUUGACGGCGUUCGUUCUCAAGUGUUUCGGUCAAGCAAAAGAUCUCAUUCAAAUUGACGAUUCCGUUAUGGUUAAAGCUAUAGUUUGGUUACUGAGAUACCAAAAUAGUGACGGAUCUUUUCAAGAACCAGGAAGAGUAAUUCACUAUCAAAUGCAGGGUGGGUCAUCUUCCGGGACAAGGAUGUCAGCAUUUAUUCUAAUUUCAUUAUUAGAAAACAGAAAUGUUUCAACUUCUCUGGGUACAGAUGUCACAAUGGCAAUAAGAAAGGCAUCGACCUACUUAGAAGCAAAGCUUAACUAUGUCAAAGAUUCAUACUCACUAGCGAUCAUUUGCUACGCUCUAGCAAGUGCCAAUAACGCUUCGAGAUCCACAUGUUACAAGAAGCUAAAGACAGCCGCCGUUUAUGAUGAUGACAAAACCUACUGGAAGGCUAACCAUAGAGUUAACAAAAGGGAAGUAGGUGAUCGUGCAUUGAGAAAUAGAGCACCAUCAAUGGAUGUAGAAGCAUCGUCCUAUGGUCUUCUAACUUACAUGAAACUUGGGUACUACGCAGAGGCUUUCCCUAUUGUAAAAUGGCUUGUGUCACAACGUAACCCGACUGGUGGUGAACGAUCUACUCAGGACACAGUUAUAUCGAUACAAGCGCUUGCCGAAUAUGCAACUAAUGUAGAGACUACACCAGGCCCGGAUUAUGGAGUAACAUUCGAAUUGUCUGAUGAUGGAAUUUUCAACCACGUGUAUUCUACAAAUUCUUCGACAUUCGAUUUCGUACACAGAUUCGAGGUACCUUCUGAUGUUGAAACAUUCACACUUCAAGUAACAGGGUCAGGUUCAGCAGUUAUCGAUAUAAGUACAUCAUAUUAUGUGGCUGGCCAUGAAGACGAUGAUGACAUCAAUGUAAAAGCAACAGUGACAAAAGAGUCGAUAAAUACUGUCACAAUUGAAUCCUGCCUAGGAUGGACUGGAAGUGACAAAAGUGGCAUGUUACUCAUGGAGGUGGAGAUGCCAACAGGAUUUCAGCCUGAUGAAGGUUUUUGAACAGUCAGAAUUUAAUCAUGAAACAUGAAACAAAUGGACGAAAUAUUGCCCUAUAUUUCAAUGGUGUUUAUUCAGGUAAAGACAUUUGCGUUGAUGUGAAAAUGGACCGUGUUGACCCAGUUGUCAAGAGUCAAGCCUGUCAUGUGAAAGCAUACGACUACUAUGAUCCAGUCCAUCAAGCAAUAACUAGAUAUGAGUUUGGAUUGCUGAAGGAACCCAACAUUUGUAACAUUUGUCCUUUGUGUGGAUUCUGUUUGAUACAAGAACCGACCGAAGUAGGCCGUUAAGCCGACAGAACUACAUACAUUACAUUUUCAAAUGUAAAUGACCUAACUGUGCCGUAUAAUAUUUAAUCAGUGUAUAUAAAUUGUGUGUAAUUCUCUUACAAUCUAAAGGUAAUUUGAAUCAAUUAUAUAUGACAUUUGUUUCUCAGAAGUUCAACAUAAACGUUCGUUUGAAUAAUUGACAUUUAUUUCCUAAGCCAUCCAUAACCUUUGUUCUGUCUUCUGUAUUCAUUUAAGGUCUCUUUUUGUCCUAACAUUUUUACAGAAGGUCUUUAAAAUUUCACAUUUAUAUAAAUAAAUCAAUAACAAUUAAAUUCUCGUUUACAUUAAUGCUGCAAUUCUAAUGAGUGAGGAAAUUGUUGUUAAUUAUAUAUUAAUAUAGACGAUAUAUAUCAAACUAAUAUUAACACUACGGAAUAUAUAGAAGCAGAUGCCAAUUAAUUACAUAUUUUAAUAAAAGUUCCGAGUAAAUGAAAUUAAACGCAUACAUUUUGUAUAAGAAGUUAACAUUUAAAGUUUUAGGCCAAUAUAU